GAUGUCUCACGCCUCCGACAUAGGAGAAGACGUCUCCCCUCCCUGUACGCCAGCCAGACCACACACCCCUCCAUCGGGCCCAACUAUAGCCGAAAACCUAGAUAGCCCGUGUUCCAUGAGGUCAUGGACAAUUCCAAAAAUCGCUGCAGAACUCAGACGUAGGGGUGUACCAUAUCCGGCCACGGCUAGGAAAGCCGAACUAUAUAGGAUCAUGAUGACAACCAACGACACCCCGCAACCAGGGACCAGCUCACAAGGAAAUAUGAACGAGACCAUAGCAGGCCUGCAAGCCACCAUGACAUCUAUCCUGGCGUCUAUUAGUAACAUCAGCCAGAGAAUGGACAGGCUGGAAGCUCCUGAGCCAAUUAUCGUGGCACCUGAUAUCAGUCUUACACCUGAGAUUGAACACAUAGCCGCACAGG